AUGUCGGUGCUGUUCUCCCAGGUCGAACUCAACUUGGGCUUUAAACCGGACGCGAGCGCCCUUCUCACCGCUCACGUGGAUAAGGACCUUGUUGCCUACUCGUCGGGUUCACGGCUUUUUGCAUUUUCUCUUCUGUCUAACAAGCGUCUCUUUGCAUACCCUACCACCGGUAACCAAGUCAUGCAUCUCCAGUUCUUGGGAGACUCUCUCUUUAGCAUUACCACUGACGGGGUCAUUAGCGUCUACGAGUCUCAUACUGGCCGCCUCAUCGCAUCCGUCCCUGCUGCCUUUGAGGACGGGCCUCCGAUGUUCAUCUUGAUAGCAAAGGUUGAUCCGGCUUCUGUGGGGUCUGUCUUUUUCAACACAAAGGUUUCAAAGUCAAUCCGUGAGAUUCGCAUUCGGCCUGGCUCGGCCAUCCCCUUCGUAAUUAAGUACAAGUUUCCAGACGAGCGUGCGAGCGAUGGCGUCCUCUCUAUGACCUCUUCUUCAGAGAGACUUGUGGCUAUAGCUCGAGUGAAGAACGCUCGACAUAUUAUAGUGUGGCCAAUUUCCCAGAAGGACGAACGUGUCACUAACUCCAAAACCUUAAAGAUCAAGGAGUCCGAAUACUGCCUUAUCUCAUAUUGCCCGUACGACAACCAUUUUAUUUUCUCUGACGAUAAGGGCCUUUAUUCACUAACGGCUCAGUGCAGCAAGGAAGUGUACAACCCGCCCUUCAAUAUGAAGAGGGUGCUCAACACGUCACCUAGCUUGGCAGGGGCCAGAGUUAUUGGAUACAACAUGUAUGCUCAGCGAUUUAUGCUUGCGACACCACACGGGAUAUCGUUUUGCGACAUUAAUGGCGAGGUAGCACAGUACAUCUAUGGGAUGCGUACUCCUGUCUUCGUUAAGACUUCUCAUUCUGCAAAUACCCCUGCGCAUCACACCUUCAUGUACCAUCUUUCAACCUCUGCCAUGUUCGAUUUUGGAUCUUCCCCAGACAUUGAGCUGACAUAUUUUAAUCCGUCUUCUUCUGGUGAUGAGGUUAUACCCGCGAAGCUCCAGCAGCCAAAUGGAAUCGUCCUCAUAAAUGGGUUCCUCUUCGACGCAACUUAUAGAGACUGUAAGGUUCCUGCCAUUGAGCUUCCAAGUGCCCAAGUGAUCGAUGUGACUUCUUAUCCGAGCCGAGAAGGGAUCAUUAAGAUCAUCGCCCAGCAAUGUAACAAAAACCUCUUAUUUUCGGAUCUUUAUGACGUCAAGGUUGCUUACGAUGGGCAUGGCAUAUUGGCUCGGCUUCUGAUCAAAGAAGAUUGGUCGUAUUUUGUCAUAGAUGUUGACAAGAAUACAGGCGCGCUGUUUAAGGUGUGGCCUCUUGAUCUUGAUGAGUCUGGGUUUGAGUACGACUCCAUUGUCAGCUUUGGCAGGGUAGAGACCCGCUGCUUCUUCCUUACCGCCUCGGAAAAGGGGAUAUGUGGCUAUUGUCUCGACGUGACGGUAGGCGUGUCCGCUCCGCUCCAGAUCCAGGUUGUCGACGUUCCAGCUAACUCUAUCGGAAAGGGGGAUGGCGUGGUUUCAGUCCAACAACAAUCUUCAGGUCACAUGUCUGCUCGGGGUCCUCCUCCAACACAUCAACAAGUGAUCGCUGACGCGGCAGCGGUAGCUGGUGGGUCUCCGGCGCAGCCUGCAGUCACCGGAGUGGGCAUGGGAAUGGGAAUGGGCCCCCGCCCGGGGUUUAGCAUGGGAAAACCAGCCGGAGGCGCCGGAUUCAGUUUCCAGGGCCCUGGCCUCGGCGGUGGCACUGGGGCCUUCAUGACAAAGCAGCCAGGCACAGGCACUCUUCAACCGGGAUCUUCUGGUCCGUCUUCUGCGGUGUUGAACCCUGCAUUAGGACCCGCGGCAGCGACAAAGGGUGUAGCCCCGCUCAUACCUGGCGCUGCUUCUGCCCCGGCUGCCGCUCCGACGCCGUCUACUCCUGCUCCGGUCGCACCUAUCACAAAGACAGAGGUCAUCAACGACGGUGUGGUCACCAGGGACAUAACAACUGAUUACUACGUCUGCAAAAUUGUUGCUAUCACGUCCACAAUGGCGCAACUUGUGAUAGCUUCGUCCAAGGCGAUUCAUCUUGCAGCGGUUACCCUUACCGGAUGUGCAGUUAAUCUGGUAAAGCAAUCUCUUAGUACCCACUACCUGAGCUCGUCCAACUAUCUGAUGAGGAUAGUCUCCGAUAACUCUGUUGAUCUGCUCGUAAGCAACGGGAUCUGCGUGGUCUAUCAGCAGUACAUCGAAUGGCUCCACGUCCAUGUUCAGCAGGGUGUUCUGGCGUUUAGUAGCGACUUUUCUAAGAAUAGAAUCAUCCAAACAACUUUUGCGUCCGACGAGGACAUGGCCAGGAAGUACCGUGAGUUGGUUGUUGACGUGCAGGCCUCCAACCACAUUGUUGUCACCAACAAAAACGUGUACUUGAUUACCCCCAAGAACACGCUGCUCCAGUACAUAGCAAUCCCGGUCCACGGCCCUUAUCUUUCGCUUUUCGGGAAAAGAACAAAAGCCGGCGAGCACGAGAUUCAGGCGUUCAAGCUGCAGAUUGGCGCCUUGGGAGCAGGAGCUUCUACUGAUAUGCUGAAUCAGAGCGAGCUUUACCCCUUACUGCCGUUCAAGGCGUGUUAUUAUUGUAAUAAGCUCAUGCACAUGCUGCAGCCAUCGUGUGAUAUCAACCCGGAGGUGUUCACUCUCACCUUUAUUCAACUGUCAGAAACUAUGGGCGGAGCGUCGAAGAUGAAUAUUCCGAACCUGGCAGACUUUCUUAUUCUCUUCCUAAAGAGAUAUGCCGAUUUGGCCCGUUCGAAGGAGUUCUUUGAGCACCACGAGAAGCACGAGAAGACGCUUAUGAAGAUAUUCUCUGUUUGUAUCGCUAAACAGAUGCUUGCACCGUUCCUUCUGGCCUUGCCAUACCUCUUUACAUACCACACAAAUAACCUGCUCCUGUCUGCGCAGUCUCGCGGCCAGAUUCUCUUCAACCUCUUCAGCAACCUUGUUAAGCUUAGCUAUGCUAAUAAGCACCUCAUGCUGUUAGUGGUCUACUUCCUCUCAGCUAACAAGACCUUCUUCAAUUCUGGUGGGACCAUGAAUGCUGACUUGUUUGACCUCGUUCGCUCGUCCUCGGCUAUGGGACUAUCUCCGUCUAUACAGACUUCGCUCACCAAGAACAUAGGGGUAUACACUGAGAAUGGAGAGAUCUCUUUCCUCCUUAUCGGCUCUCUGAUUUGUCUCUUCGAGGAAAGAAACGCUUACUGCGAGCUCUGUCUGACGCUCCUCGCAUGCAACAUAUCUGUUCAGUCUAUACUGCAGUACCUUGAGAAGGUCCGCAAUUCGAUUGUAAAGGAUAUGCAUCUCUCUCCAGCUGCAGCCAUUAGGUUUAUUGAUAAUGUCGAUGGGCAACGAUAUUCCAACACAGAUAAGUCACUAGGAUCUGCGGUGUCUGGGGCGCUGGACACGCCGUUUAUUCCUGCAGGAGCUAGGGGGCCCGAUGCGAAAAUAAUUGGCAUCAAUACGGCCCUGUUCCACGUAUUUGGCAUAGAUCCGUCUACAGGAAUGCUUGUAGGUGUCGCUAAUCCAAAGGGGAUUAAGCCAGAUCCGCUUGUCAUUAAGCUGGGAGGAGACUCUUUCACGGCAAUUGAAAACUCCAUUAUCCGCCCGUCUCCGUACGAUCUCUAUCGAAUUUGUGAGAUGGACCUCCUCAACUCUGCUAGUCACACGAGCGUGAAUUCCCUAUUCCAACAUGUAGCCAGGCCAAUUCGGUCAUUGGACUACGCUAGCAACGAGUCUGUGUACCCCAAGAAGCUCUUCAGGCAAUAUCAACCCGAUGCCUUGUCUGUUUUGGUACACCUGAGAAUUCAGAGCGAGCUGGGCAAGAAUCGCGUGAAGGUUGGGAUUGCCGCUCGCCCUGUGGCAGAUGACCGCAUUAGCGCCGGGAGCCUCGCUGACGUUGGUGACGGGCCUUUCAUCAACCCUGCCCACAAGCUUCUUGGCACGCCUUCUGCUCAAACCGUUCCACUCAUGUCUGCCUGCAACAUAGGUUGCUUCAUGUUUGACGUGGACGGAAUGCACGUCAAGGUUAAAAAGAUCAAGAAGAAGAAGGAGAUGAUUGGCCCUGACGGGCAGCCUCUUCCCUUCGAUGUGGGCCAGGCAGAGCAAGUUAACGAUGAGGUCGAGGAGUACGAAGAAGAAUCAAAUGAAUCAGAAGAAGAGGCUCAGGACGCAGAGGAGGCCCAAGAAGCGGCAAGGCAGGCUGGCGGGGACACCACGAAUCCCAAGCAGGACGACACUAGCGCUGCUACGACAGAGGCUCCAACGUCUCCUGAGGUGACUCCAACCUCAGCACCAGAGGGAUCGUCGCCCAAUAAGACAGCGGUGAAACCGGCAGGAGCCAAGAGGCAGCUCGUAGCAGGAGACGACGACGACGAUUGGGGCGAGACAGCGAAGAAGCCAACCCGCAAGAUAGCAAUCAUGAGCAAUGAGAAUGCACGCAAAUUCAAUCCGGCUGCAACGGGUGCAGUGGCUGGGGGGUAUAACCUGAAGGUUGUGGGCGGCGUCCAGACAGGGUUUGGCUUUGGCAAGCCCAUGUUUAAGCCGGCCUUCAAUGAUCCGGCAGCCAAGGAGGAGGCAGACAAGCCUAAAGAGCCCGCAGCUGAUACAUCUUCGCUACCGGUCUACGACGUUGGCCCUGCGGAGGUCUCACCGCCUGAGCAGCAUGACCAGGGUAACUAUGGUACUCAUUAUGACAAUUCAGGGAAUAAUGAUCCGUAUCAGCAAGGAUAUUACCAAGGAUAUCAAACUGAUCAGUAUCAGCAUGGGCAGGACUAUGGAAGCAGCGCUUAUGGUGAUCACAAUAAUGGGUACGGCCAGUCAUAUGGCUACGACACCCAAGCCUCCUACUACAACAACGGCCAGGAGGGCCAGGGUCAGUGGUGA